AUGGUUCUAUCUCUUCUUCUUCGGUUACUCACAAACAUCGGACCAAAGUUGUAAAACCAUUUCAUGUUCAUGAAAGGUAUAAACAUCAUUUUAUUUUUUGAAACUGGCUAUUAGCAUUUAAAUAUCCCCCAAAGCUCUCUUAAUAGUCAAUCGCUUCCUAGUGUCUAUUCUAAAAGCAUGAAUGUGGUCCUCAAAUUUGUGCUGCUUUUUACAAUUUUCACACUACACCUAGAACAGAGGGAAUACUUCGCCGAAGCCUACAUAAAACUUACUAAUGCGAUAUGUAAAUCUUUCGAUGACAAAUUUGCCGACUUCAAAACUUGUCGUUUGCACGUUUAUCGUCGACGUGAAAUUUCAUUUACGAUGCACGUAAGGCUCUUUCAAAUACCAGUUCGUAACAUCAGUCUCAAUUUAAGCCUUUGGCGGAAAGCUAACACAUUUCAACCUUUUCUGUACAAUGUGACCGUUGAUUUCUGUAAGUUUAUGAAACGUAGGAGCACAACCACUUUAAGACUUGUGCAUGACGCAUUAUUUAAAACUUCGAAUAUAAAUCACACUUGCCCGUUCGAUCACGACAUAAUUUUAGAUCGUUUCGUUCCAAACGAUGGUAUGUUUAGGCUAUUACCUCUUCCUGAAGGACAAUACAUGUUCAAAUUUAUCACGGAUGUUAACAAUGAACGGAAAACUGACGUUCGCGUUGAAUUCUCUAUUGAUUUAGACUCAAAGUACAACUAAAUAUGUAA